CGCCUUUUUGGAAAAUCGGAGGAUUAUUACUGGACUCGGAAUCUCUGCCAUUGUUCCUUUCCCUUCAUAUUCUCCCUCUUUGUAGCGCAAAACGGAGAACCCCAAAAACCAGAUCGAUUUCAAUUCGCCAUUUCUAUUCAAUCCGGAGUUCUCCGCUGGUGUUUCUCUUUCUGUCGGAGUGGCUUUUUUGGUCCAUAACAAGCGAUCGAUUUGGGAAGAGAUUUUAGUUCGUUUCGAUGUUUUCGCCGUGAAAUCGUUCUCCGCGGCGGAUUCUGAGGUCGGACAUGGAACCUCUGCCGGUACGGAGCGGCGGCGGCGGCAAGCUUGAUGCACCGCUGGAGUUUUGGCAUUUCUUGGUUGCCGUCUAUUUCGCGUUUGGAUUUUUCUUCUCGAGAUUCGUCCUCGAUCGAUUCGUGUUUCACAGGAUCUCUGUCUGGCUUUUAAGUCUCAAUUGUGGCCCGCUAAAAAUGAAUGAUGCAACCCGUGCAAAAAUCGUCAAAUGCAAGGAGUCCUUGUGGAAAUUAGCAUACUAUGCUAGUUGUGAAAUAUUUGUUCUCAAAGUCAUUUAUCAUGAGCCGUGGUUCAGGGAUUCGCAGAAGUACUUUGAAGGUUGGCCAAAUCAAGAGUUAAAGCUGCCUCUAAAGAUUUACUACAUGUGCCAAUGCGGAUUCUAUAUGUAUAGUGUUGCUGCGUUGCUUGCAUGGGAGACGAGAAGAAAGGAUUUUGCAGUUAUGAUGUCUCAUCAUAUAAUUACCAUCCUUCUCAUUGGCUAUUCAUUCUUAACAAGGUUCUUUUGUAUUGGGUCAAUCAUCCUAGCCCUUCAUGACGCGAGUGAUGUAUUUAUGGAAUCUGCUAAAGUUUUCAAAUACUCAGAGAACGAACUCGGAGCAAGUGUGUGUUUUGGACUAUUCGCUCUAUCGUGGCUUCUGCUACGUUUAGUAUUCUUCCCGUUUUGGGUCAUCUGGGCUACGAGCACUGAAUUGGGGGUUCACGUGGAUAUAUCGACGCCUGAAGGCAUGUCCAUGUAUUACGCCUUCAACACGAUGUUACUGACACUACUAGUUUUCCACAUAUAUUGGUGGUAUCUCAUCUGCGCCAUGAUCAUGAGACAGCUCAAGAAUAGAGGAAAAGUCGGAGAUGACAUAAGAUCCGAUUCGGAGGACGAUGAUUAGUGAAACAAAUGUUUCUGGAUUUCGCCAGUGACGCCCUUUUUAGCUGCACAUCGAUUCCGAGCUUUUGAACUUGAGCUCAAUCAUUUCAUUGAUUAGGUUGGAAUUGGAAGAAGAUACCACAGAGAAUGAUUUUGGUGCGUUUUGUAUCAAUGAACUUCGGUGGGAGGGAUUUAGAAACCGGACCUUUGCAUCCCUUUGAAAGAGAAGUGUGUGUGAAUUCUCGGAUGUAUAAAAAACGAUAGGUAACUUUUUAUUUGUAAAUUCGAUGCCUCUGUAUGGUUUGUAUACAGAAUUUGGUUUUGCAAUUGAACUGUUUUCUGCUUUUUUCAUCA